AUGGAUUUGAAAUACCUUGCCAUUCUCACAUUCAUUGUGAGCCAUAUGGUAUCAUUCAAUAUUACAUUGGCAGCAGGAGGGACGGAUGAAGAAGGACCCAGCGCUCCCAAAAAAAGAAAAACUGAAACUAAAUUUCGGUAUCCCAAUAAUAAACCAGUCUCUGCUCUUGGACAAGUAGGACAUUUAAUUGUUCGUCACUUGCCUCGCAAAGAUUUAAAAAGUCUUAGCAAGGCAAUCCCCAUGAUGUCUGAACAUAUGAACCACGAGUUAAACCGUCGACGUAGAAUACUGCAUUACCGAGAUGGUGAAAUAAACCCGCCAUAUUUAAAGAAUGCUUUGAAACAUCAAGAUCCCUUCGCUGUGCCUUUUUGGAAACCAUAUGAAGCUAUUUUAUUUGGAAGUGAAAAACCGAUUAAUAUGACAGCUCCGGAGAACUAUUAUUAUGACGUACUGACAUUCACGUCUCAGGAACAUCAUCUAGAAAUACGCAGGAAAUUUGUAACUGCAUAUACGCCAUUCCUCCUCAAUGAAAUAGAAGGAAGUCCAAUGAACGGAGUGAUUAUCCCAUACGAUUUGAGUUCAUCCUCGUACAUGAGCUUUUCUUUCUGGGAAGACGACGAUUUUGAAUGGAUAGAAAAUUUAAUGCCACGUGACCUGGAAGCCAAUGAAGAUCUAGUGAAGUUGAUCAUUGUGAUUAGUAACGAUCUGAAAUAUAGUAAUGAAAGCGCUGACAGUAAAGCACUGAAUACAAUCAAAAAAAUUCGAAAAACAUUUGUUAACGCUCCAAUUUGCAUUGUUGAUCAGCCGGAUAAUCGAAAAGAAUACAUCAAUGCGAUAGAGGUGCCGCAAGUGUUAGUGUUUUACGGACCUGACGUAAAUGCAUCGACCCUUUUAGUAGAAAAAAAUGAUAACAGCGAAAUGUUGAAAACAAAGUUUGAGGACUGGAAGGAGGAAUUGCUCUUCCUUAACAGUCAUCAAGUAAUAGCCUUUCAUUUUACUGUGGCCAAUGGCAUGGAACCGGAAGAUAGCGAACAGAUAUUCAGUAAUACAUUCCCAGACAUUCCGCUGAGUACGUUACGUUUACUUGAUGAAUCAUCAUUGACUGGAAUUGACUAUCAGGUUGAAACAAAGUCUGAUUUCUAUAUCGGUCCUGUGUAUGCAAUUGUUGGUUUUCGAAAAUUUGGUGGGGAAAAUCCAGUUACGGAAGAUCUCUCCGAGGAAAAUGAUUGA